AUGAAAGAUACUGACAUCAAGAAGCUACUGUAUACCCAUCUUUUAUGCAUAUUUUCAAUUAUCCUAAGCAUCUUCAUUCCAUCAUUCUUCUUGGAGAACUUCUCAAUAUUGGAGACACACUUGACAUGGUUAUGCAUCUGUUCUGUUUCUGUAACUGCCGUCAAUUUAGUAUUGUAUUUAGUAGUGAAACCAAAUGUGUCUUCUAAAAGAAGUUCAUUAUCAUACAAGGUAACCAGAUUUUUGAAAUGCUGUAUCUACUUUCUUACGUCUUGUUUCUUCUUUCAUGUAAUUUUUGUCCUGUAUGGCGCACCACUAAUAGAGUUGGUACUGGAAACAUUUUCACUUGCAGUUAUUUUGUCCACUUUUACUACUGUACCUUGUUUAUGUUUGUUAGGACCAAACUUCAAAGCCUGGCUAAGAAUUUUCAGUAGAAAUGGAGUUACAUCCAUUUGGGAGAAUAGUCUUCAGAUCACUACAAUUUCUAGUUUUGUAGGAAUAUGGCUUGGUGCCUUUCCUAUUCCACUGGAUUGGGGAAGACCGUGGCAGGAAUGGCCCAUCUCCUGCACGCUUGGAGCAACCUUUGGCUACGUGGCUGGCCUUGUUAUUUCACCACUCUGGAUAUACUGGAAUAGAAAGAAACUCACAUACAAGAACAAUUAA